AUGAUCCGCCCGUUCAAUCCAGUCAACAGCAGUCAAACCUACCUGUGGAUGAUCAGCAUCAAGAAUCAAACGAACAGAAUCCGCCCGUUCAACCCAGUCAACAGCAUUCAUCGAGUACAACAAACCUACCUGUGGAUGAUCAGCAUCAAGAAUCAAACGAACAGAAUCCGCCCGUUCAACCCAGUCAACAGCAUUCAUCGAGAGGUUCGAGAUCAGCCGAUAGGUCCAUACUUUGGCUAUCAGUGUGAUGAGGUGACUGACGCCAGUAACUGGGAACAGCUCGGUGUUGUAAUUCGGUAUGUUGUCAAUGGGAAGCCUAUUGAACGGCUUAUAGAAUUUAUAGAGUGUGAGGAAAUCACUGGAAUGGCAAUAUGUGAAUCCAUUAUCUCGUGUAUGAAUGAAGUUGGUCUGGAUCCGAACUACUGUCGUUCCCAAACAAUGGAUGGUGCUGGAAAUAUGUCUGGAAAACAUUCAGAGUGUGCAGCACGAUUUAAAGACCAAUAUCCUAAAGCUGUAUAUCAUUAUUGUAGCUGUCAUGAUCUGAAUCUUGCCAUCAGUAAAAGCUGUUCAUUGAAAGAAGUGCAAAUAUGUUUAGACACAUUAAAGAAGCUGGGUAUAUUCUUUAAAUAUUCACCAAAGCGCACGCGAAGGCUGGAAAGGGCUGUUGAUGAAAUCAACGAUGAAAGAACUGAAAACAAAAUUGACAAGAAGAAGUUUAAGGUGUUUUCAGAGACCAGAUGGGUAGAGAAACACAUCACCCUGCAAACAUUUCAAGAGAUGUAUCAGCCAAUUUUGCUCUGUUUAGAAGCAAUUUCGUUAAGAGAAAGAAACUGGGAUGCAAAGGCGGUUGUGGAAGCAAAUGGUCUCUUAGCAAAAUUGUCAGAUUCACAAUUUAUUGCCUCCUUUCAAACCAUCCGGAAUUUCUUUGGAUACAUGUCUGGACUUAGUAAGAAAUUACAAGGAAGCAGCUUGGAUGUAUUGGACGGAUACAGAAUGGUCGCACAUGUGCGUGAGGUUAUAUUAGGGUUGAGGUCAGAUGAUAAUGAAUAUGACAGUGUCUUCCAUCGCAUGGAGGAGAUGGCUCAAUUAACAGAAGGUGUCAUGACUGUCCCUCGUCAAUGCUCAAGCACUGGAUGA